GGAUCAUUUCUAUAGUUUACGUCCCUCUUUGACUCUUCAAAAGAGCCACUGAAUCCAACUUGGUUGAUGAGAUGAUACCCUUAUACCCUCAAAGUGAGAAACCCUUUAGCUUGUCUGUGAUCCUUAGCGGUCUAGUCAUCUAUUUUUAUUUGCCUUUUUCUUCGACAAAUGCCUUUGGGCGGCUGUUUUAAAAGGAGCGAUGAUCUUUACCCUUCUUUGUCUACUUCUUCGGUUGUGGCAGAUUAGGGUGGGUAUAAGUGGCUGUCUGACAAGUUACCUCAAAAAUGUUUUUCAUUUUUGUAGUAACUGUAGUCUUAUCCAAAGUUGUGACGUCGACGUACUUAAAUAUGGAAAAUACAUACUCUGUCCAAAAAGAAUUAUAUUUGUAGAUUUUUGCGUGUAA